AUCUGCAUUUUAAUUGGUCCAUUUUGGCUGUACGGUGUAAGUCGGUCUAUAGACCAGGUCCAGAAAAUAGUAUAUAUUCUUCCCCUGCAAUCGGGGGGAGAGCGCCGUCGCGGGAAGCGUACUCAUAGAGCCAUAGGUUCGAUCUUCACGACUCCUGUGCUCUCUCAACCCCGCUAUCGUCUUCUUCGAUCCCAAACCCUUCCCGAAUCUUGGGUUUCUCUCGAAACCCUUCUUCUCCGAAACCCUAAGUCCACUCCUUCGCCCUUGCUCGCGGGAUUGCCGAGAAACCAUCUCUCCUCCGUCGUUUGAAUCCGCCAUUUCUUCUCCGAUCGGGGGCGUCGCCCUCCGCGGCCUCUAGGGUUUCGGAUUCAGCCGAAGAAGCUACCGCAUGUCGUCGGACGAUGCCUCCGCCACCCCGCCGAGCGCUGGCGAGCCCAAUGGCUCCUCCUCCGCCGCCGCCGCCGCCGCCGCCGCCUCGCCGGAGACCAAGAACAGGUGGACGGGGCGGCCGUACUCGCCGCGUUACUUUGAGAUCCUGGAGAAGAGGAGAACGCUCCCGGUGUGGCAGCAGAAGGAAGAGUUACUGGAAACCCUAAAGGCGAAUCAAAUCCUCAUCCUGGUUGGAGAAACCGGAAGCGGUAAGACCACUCAGAUUCCCCAAUUUGUACUUGAAGCCAAUGAGUUUGCAGGCAAGCGUCCAAUGGUUGCUUGCACCCAACCUCGCAGAGUUGCUGCGAUGUCUGUUUCUCGCCGAGUUGCAGAGGAGAUGAAUGUAACAAUUGGGGAAGAAGUGGGUUACAGCAUUCGCUUCGAAGAUUGCAGUAGCCAUAAAACUAUUCUUAAGUAUUUAACUGAUGGAAUGCUUUUGAGAGAAGCUUUGGCCGAUCCACUUCUGGAGAGAUAUAAGGUGAUAAUUCUUGAUGAGGCUCAUGAGCGAACCUUGGCAACAGAUGUUCUAUUUGGGCUUCUCAAGGAAGUAUUGAAAAACAGACCUGAUCUGAAGAUUAUCAUAAUGAGUGCAACACUCGAGGCCGAGAAAUUUCAAGGCUACUUCAGUGGUGCACCACUAAUGAGAGUACCGGGGCGGCUCUAUCCAGUAGAGAUUUUCUACACACAGAAGCCUGAAAAAGAUUAUGUUGUAGCGGCCAUCCGAACCGUUGUGCAAAUUCUCAUUUCUGAACCCCCUGGUGAUAUUCUGGUAUUCCUCACAGGAGAGGAGGAGAUUGAAGAUGCAUGUCGAAAAAUCACGAAGGAAAUAAAAAAUUUAGGCGGCCAAGUUGGCCCUGUUAAAGUUCUGCCACUAUAUUCAACAUUACCUCCUUUGAUGCAGCAGAAAAUUUUUGAUCCUGUUCCUGGAAGGAAAAUUGUUGUGUCCACCAACAUUGCAGAAACAUCCCUAACUAUCGAUGGAAUCGUCUAUGUUAUUGAUCCUGGAUUCUCAAAACAAAAAAUAUAUAACCCACGGGUCCGUGUAGAGUCUUUGCUAGUCUCUCCAAUUUCAAAGGCGAGCGCGCACCAAAGAUCUGGCCGUGCUGGGAGGACAAGAGCAGGGAAGUGCUUCCGGCUUUAUACUGAGAAAAGUUUUCAUACUGAUCUAGUACCACAGACAUACCCAGAAAUUCUACGAUCCAAUCUUGCAAAUACUAUUUUGACCUUAAAGAAGCUUGGAAUUGAUGAUUUAGUCCAUUUUGACUUCAUGGACCCUCCUGCACCGGAGACUCUGAUGCGGGCAUUAGAGGUUUUGAACUACCUGGGUGCACUGGAUGAUGAAUGUAAUUUGACCCAGUUAGGUGAAAUCAUGAGCGAGUUCCCUUUGGAUCCUCAACUGGCAAAGAUGCUUGUUGUCAGUCCACAAUUCAAUUGUUCUAAUGAGAUAUUAACGAUUACAGCCAUGCUUUCAGUACCCAAUUGCUUUCUACGGCCUAGGGAGGCUCAGAAAGCUGCGGAUGAAGCAAAAGCUCAGUUCAGCCACAUCGACGGGGACCACCUCACACUUUUGAAUGUGUAUCAUGCCUACAAGCAAAACAAUGCAGAUCCUUCAUGGUGUUAUGAGAAUUUUAUCAACCACAGAGUGCUGAAAGCUGCCGACAAUGUGAGAGAACAGCUCACGCGUAUCAUGGCUAGAUUCAAUCUCAAGCUGUGCAGCACGAGGUUAAACAACCGUGAGUAUUGCGUGAACAUUAGGAAGGCUUUGCUUGCUGGAUAUUUUAUGCAGGUAGCUCACCGCGAGGGGGCUGGGCACUAUUUGACAGUGAAAGACAACCAGAUGGUUCAUCUUCAUCCUUCAACCUGCCUCAGUUAUAUGCCUGAGUGGGUUGUCUACAACGAGUACGUCUUAACCAGUAAAGAUUACAUCCGCACUGUUACAGAUGUCCGAGGAGAGUGGCUAAUUAACAUAGCUCCACACUACUACGACCUCAGCAAUUUCCCCUCGUGCGAGGCCAAGUGCGUCUUGGAGAGGCUGUACAAAAGUAAGGAGGGGAACAACCGGACCGGAAGGUUUUUCACUGGUAAGUGAAUGAGGAAACAUUAUGGAUGCUUACUGUUUGUUGUGCAAUAGUUGGGGUUUAAGAAGCCGUAUCACAUUUUGGGUGGAGGGUAUACGAAGCAGACCCAGAAAUUGUACUAUGUUGAAUAGAGUCUUUUGCGGAGGGGAAUGCUUCCAUUUUUUGUACUUUUCACUAAAUCUGCUACCUGCUAUCUGAUGUGAAAAGUAUAAAGGGUGAAGUGUAUAACCUCUCUGUUUCUUUGUGUGCAAUAAGGCCUUCUUAAAUCUAAAAUGAUAAAUGUGGUCUAUAACCUCUAGGAAUGUGAAGUUAAACUGGAAGGGUGGUUGUCAGAUGCGGCAAUGGAUGAGGUCCAUGUAAUAAGUUGUCCUCUUAUUGCUUGCAUUAAAGAAUUUUUGUCGAUGUGUAGCAUUGUAAUUUAAAAUCAUUUAAGAGAAGAAAUGUGUAGAUUCUAUGGAACUCGUCAGGGGAGGAGAUACUGGACCUGGUGCGCUGGUGUUUGGCUAGUGCAAUAUUGAAGUUUCUGUAAACGUUUUCGCAAGAUACGGGGAAAGGUGAAAAAUGUAUAUCUUUACAAGGUAGGGGUAAAUAGUAAAAAAUGUCUGGUGACCUUAAAGCAGGUCUUUUGGAAAUAAAUAUUCCGAAAUUACAGUUA